CUUUCCUCAGAUAAUCAUUUAGCCAGCUCUGUUCUGUUUUGUGCGCUUUUUUUUUCUGUGUUCCUGCGAUGGAGCACUGCACAUGUCUGUCAUCUUGCUGAAGGUCAGAAUGAAUUUCUUUUCAGUUUGAUGAGUCAAGCUGUGCUUUGCAGAAUGAUGGUGCUUCUGCUGGGUUAUGGACUGGUUCUGGAGCUGUGAUUGUCACGCUGCUCAGAGUAAUCGGACUGCCACUAAUACCUGCUGCUGCUGCUAACUGGAGGCAAUGGGGGAAGUUUGUUCUCAGAGUACCUGUCAGGCUGGAUCUGCACUUCAGUCUUGCCACUGAGUUUGUGUUAUUCCGAUAAAGCACCCACCUAGCUCCGGAUAAAGGAGACAUGGCCAAAAACUCUUUUCGUGGGUCCAAACGAAGACACAAUGCUGAGGCCAACCAUGAGCCGGAGUUCAGCUGCUCUCUGCAGGAGCUGCGCUUGCUUAUGGAGCUUCGAGGAGCUGAUGCGGUGACCAGGAUUCAGGAUUGUUAUGGAGAUGUUAAUGGACUGUGUACCAGACUCAGGACGUCACCUGUCGAAGGUCUUGAAGGAAAACCAGAGGACAUCAGCAAAAGGAAACAAGAGUUUGGACAGAAUGUCAUCCCUCCUAAGAAGCCUAAAACCUUUUUGCAGUUAGUGUGGGAGGCCCUGCAGGAUGUCACUCUUAUCAUCCUAGAGGUGGCAGCAGUCAUUUCUUUAAGCCUUUCGUUCUACAGUCCACCAGAUGCAGAAAGACAAAACUGUGGAAAAGUAGCUGGUGGCUUGGAAGAAGAGGGUGAUGCGGAGACAGGAUGGAUCGAAGGCGCUGCCAUUCUCCUCUCCGUGGUAUGUGUGGUGCUUGUGACGGCUUUUAACGACUGGAGCAAAGAGAAGCAGUUCCGUGGUCUGCAGAGUCGUAUCGAGCAGGAGCAGAAGUUCACCAUAGUCCGAGUGGGGCAAGUGACCCAGGUCAAAGUAUCUGAGAUUGUGGUCGGAGACAUCGCACAGGUCAAAUAUGGUGACCUCCUCCCAGCUGAUGGUGUCUUAAUUCAGGGCAACGAUCUCAAGAUCGAUGAAAGCUCUCUGACUGGGGAGUCGGAUCAUGUCAAGAAGACUAUCGACAAAGACCCUAUGUUGCUGUCAGGCACACAUGUAAUGGAGGGCUCUGGCAAGAUGUUAGUCACUGCCGUAGGUGUGAACUCUCAGACUGGAAUCAUUUUCAAGCUGCUUGGAGCCAGUGAUGAUGGUGAUGGCAGCAGCGAGGACAAAAAAGACAAGAAAAAAGAAGAAAAGAAAAACAAAGACAAAAAGGAUAAGAAGAGUAAAAAGGAAGACAAAAACAAGAAAGGGAAAAACAAGGAUGUAGCUACUCUUGAGAUGCAACCACUAAACAAAGAUGGAGAACCAGAGAAGAAGAAGAAAGCUCUACCAAAGAAGGAGAAAUCCGUCCUUCAAGGGAAGCUGACCAAGCUGGCCGUGCAGAUUGGCAGAGCAGGUCUGCUAAUGUCUGCCCUUACUGUCAUCAUUCUAAUCACUCGCUUCCUGAUUGAUACCUUCUGGAUUCAGGGGCUUCCUUGGUUGCAAGAUUGUGUGUCCAUCUAUGUGCAGUUCUUGGUCAAGUUCUUCAUCAUUGGUGUGACGGUGCUGGUGGUGGCUGUGCCUGAAGGACUCCCCCUGGCUGUCACCAUUUCCCUUGCAUAUUCAGUCAAGAAAAUGAUGAAGGAUAACAACCUAGUCCGCCACCUGGAUGCCUGUGAGACAAUGGGCAAUGCCACAGCCAUCUGCUCGGAUAAAACAGGAACCUUAACCAUGAACCGUAUGACUGUGGUGCAGGCCUACAUCGCAGGGCGACACUUUAAAAGAGUGCCUGAGCCAGACCUCAUCCCAACCAAGAUCCUGGACCUGCUCAUCCUAGGCAUCGGGGUCAACUGCGCCUACACCACCAAGAUUAUGCCUCCUGAGAGAGAGGGUGGGCUGCCUCGCCAAGUUGGAAACAAGACCGAAUGUGCCUUACUGGGACUCAGCCUAGACCUGAACCGAGAUUAUCAGAAUGUUAGAAAUGAAAUCCCAGAGGAAAAGCUGUUCAAAGUCUACACAUUCAACUCUGUGAGGAAAUCUAUGAGCACCGUAUUAAAGAACUUUGACCGCAGCUACCGAAUGUUCAGUAAAGGGGCUGCCGAGAUCUUGCUUAAGAAGUGCUGUAAGAUUUUGACAGCCAGUGGAGAGGCCAAGGUCUUCAAACCUAAGGAUCGGGAACAUCUGGUAAAGAAUGUAAUUGAGUCAAUGGCAUCUGAGGGGCUAAGGACAAUCUGUCUUGCCUACAGAGACUUCCCUAUCACUGACGGAGAGCCUGACUGGGACAAUGAGGCCGAGAUCCUCACUAGACUUACGUGCAUCGCUGUGGUUGGCAUUGAGGACCCCGUACGACCUGAGGUACCAGAAGCCAUCAGGAAGUGCCAACGGGCUGGGAUCACAGUCCGCAUGGUGACCGGAGACAACAUUAAUACUGCUCGGGCCAUCGCCACCAAAUGUGGCAUUUUGCAACCCGGAGAUGACUUCUUAUGUAUAGAGGGAAAAGAGUUCAACCAACGGAUCCAUAACGAAUUGGGCGAGAUUGAACAAGAGCGUAUCGAUAAGAUUUGGCCCAAACUGAGAGUCCUUGCCCGAUCAUCUCCAAUGGACAAACAUACUUUGGUCAAAGGUAUAAUUGACAGCACUGUCCUGGAGCAGAGGCAGGUUGUCGCGGUAACCGGAGAUGGCACCAAUGACGGUCCCGCCCUCAAGAAAGCGGAUGUUGGCUUUGCUAUGGGCAUCGCAGGGACAGAUGUAGCCAAGGAGGCGUCUGACAUCAUCCUGACAGAUGAUAAUUUCUCUAGCAUUGUUAAGGCUGUUAUGUGGGGCAGAAAUGUGUAUGACAGCAUUUCCAAGUUCCUGCAGUUCCAACUCACAGUCAACGUUGUCGCUGUCACUGUGGCCAUCACCGGAGCCUGCAUUACCCAGGAUUCUCCUCUAAAAGCUGUUCAGAUGUUAUGGGUCAACCUCAUCAUGGACACCUUCGCCUCACUGGCACUCGCCACAGAGCCACCAACCGAGGCAUUGCUGCUCAGGAACCCAUACGGGCGCAACAAGCCACUUAUCUCACGCACCAUGAUGAAAAACAUUUUGGGCCACGCUGUCUACCAACUGACAUUAAUUUUUACGCUGCUCUUUGUCGGUGAGAAGAUGUUUGACAUUGACUGUGGGAGGAACGCCCCACUUCACGCCCCACCCUCUGAACACUAUACUAUUGUUUUCAACACGUUCGUCCUCCUGCAAAUCUUUAAUGAGUUUAAUGCACGCAAGAUCCACGGAGAAAGGAACGUCUUUGAGGGUGUUUUCAACAACCCCAUCUUCUGCUCCAUUAUACUGGGAACCCUAAUUGUACAGGUCCUAAUCGUGCACUUUGGUGGCAAAGCUUUCAGCUGUGUGCCUCUGACCCUAGAACAGUGGCUAUGGUGUAUCUUUCUGGGCCUUGGUAGUCUCCUGUGGGGGCAGCUGGUGUCCAGCGUCCCCACCAGCUGGCUGAAGUUCCUGAAAACAGCCGGUCAUGGCACACAGCAGGAGGAGAUCCCUGAGGAGGAGCUGGAGGAGCUGAAGGACAAAGAUGAGAUUGACCACGCUGAGAUGGAGCUCAGGAGGGGACAAGUACUGUGGUGCCGUAGCCUCAACCGUAUCCAGACGCAGAUUCGUGUUGUAAAUGCCUUCAGAGACAGUGUGUCUCCUUACGAAGGUCUGGAGACGCCAGAGUCACGCAGCUCCAUCCACAACUUCAUGAGUCACCCUGAAUUCCGCAUUGAGGACUUAGAAACUCAGAUCCCCCUGAUUGACGAAAAUGAGGACGAGGACGAUCCACCCACCAAACGGAACUCCAUCAUACCCCCACCGCUGACGCUGACCGGACUGUCCAACCUACCGCCUCUCCCAUCCUCACCCAACCAAAACAACAAUGCAUUAGAGCGCGUCAUUCCGCUGCAUAGAGAUGGCUCCAGGUCCGGUCUAAUCCCUCCUAACUCUGCAGGACUGCCACCCUGUCCUGGAAGCCCCCUGCACAGUCUGGAGACCUCACUCUGAAGCAACCACCAUGGGACAAUGCACUUCCUGCUCCUGUUCGGGUUCUCCAGAGAGAAAAAGAAAAUCCAUUUUUAAAACAGACUCUUCAGACUGAUUCAUGACUUCCAAGGGACAGAAAUGUCUCUACAAGUGUUUGUUUGAGCAGGGUUCAAUCUGAACAAAACCACAGACUCAUUUUUCUUUUCUAUUAAUAGACAUGAACUCUGCAUAUGUAAUUAGAAGUGUGUUUGUGAUGUGAUUAAUAUCAAUUUAAAUUCAGUUUCCUAUGUAAAUAUCAUCAAUGUAGUCAGAGUUUAUUUAAAUGGGGGUUUUUUCAAGUUGCAAGCUGUCAAACAUAGUUAAUCUAUUAGUAACAAAUUCAGAUUAUUUUUGUUAACUAUUAACUACAAGAAGGAACUACUAAAUGAGUCAAUCAGCUUUAAGAAAUCUGUUGUAAUUUUAUUUGUUUCAUCCAGUAGCAAACAGGUUUUAAGUAAAUAUCUAAUGUUUCCUUUUAAUGUUGUAUUUUUUAUGUCUUAGGUUUAAUGUUUAUAAAAUGGAGAAAUGUCAUUAAAGUUCAGAAAUUGA